GCUACGAGUAAUAGGUCCCCUCUCCCCCAAUGUGGGGUGAGUCCCUGGGAAGCUCUGGCCAACAAACAGCCCACCUAAACGUCACCGCGACGUGACAAACCGACCAACUAGCAAACAAACAAUCAAGAAACUUCCAAGCCGUUUUGAUAACGAGGAAAAUUCCUUGAGUUACAAGACAGAAAGAAAUAAUUCGACUACCUGACCAACUGGUUUCUAAAUCUUUUCGCUUGCCUUGAUUUCGCACUUGCCUAACUGGCGAACCUGACCUGUGAAAAGGUUGGUUGAUACUUGAGGAUUCCAACAUUCGAUAUCGUAUCAGGAGUAUUAGGUCUUGAUAUCGACGUCGAUACCUUACGUCGACGACGACUGGAGAGAGAAGAGAAAAGAGCAAGGAUAAGAACAGAAAAACGAGACAGACAUUGACAAACAUGCCGAGAGCAUUGAUUCUCGUCGCGGACGGUUCUGAGGAGAUUGAGUUCGUCACGCCUUAUGACGUUCUGAUUCGUGCCGGGUUCGAGGUCGUGUCUGCUGGUGUGCAGCUCAAGGACGAUGGCAUCGCACACAUGACGCGCAACAUCCGCAUCAUCCCCGACCACCCGACCCUCUCCUCCGUCCCGCACCAGACCGCCCACGAAUCCUUCGACAUCCUGAUUCUCCCCGGCGGCGGCCCCGGCGCGCAGACCUUCUCCAACAACGACACGGUCCUCGAGCUCAUCGCCGCUUUCCGGACCGCCGGGAAGUACGUCGCCGCCAUCUGCGCCGGCACGACGGCCCUGGUGGCUGCGCAGAAGAAGCACGGGGGCGAGAAGGUGAGGGUCACGAGCCAUCCGAGCGUGCAGGAGAAGGUGGAGGGCGAGGGCGGGUGGGAGUACAGUGUUGAGAGGGUUGUCGUCGAUGGGAAGGUGAUUACUUCUAGGGGACCAGGCACGGCGUUGGGAUUCUCGCUUGCCAUAGUAGAGGCGAUUGCUGGCAAGUCGAAGAGGGAUGAAGUGGCUGGACCGAUGGUCGUCGCCGAGACCUUGUAAGGCCGCAAAACUGAGGCCCAGAAAGCAAGGACGGAUGAUGGGGGAAUCGACCGUCCCAGGCGGAAGGGGAAAUGCUCCAAGGCCCUGACGAAACUUUAAGAUAUACCUGCGUGUAACUAUACUCCAGGCUCUCGGAGAGGCUGAACGGGUUGGUCGGACCUCAGAACUCUACACGAAUAUUAGCGGAGGAGAUUGCGAGCAUGCUAGAUAGCAAUUUAAUAGAUUAUCUCUCCC